AUGACUACGAUCUGUGUCUGUAAGAAGGAUGGAAAAUGCAAGAAACGUUUUCCAAAGCAGUUUGCAGCGGAAACUCUAGAAGGCCAAGAUUCAUAUCCAGUCUAUAGAAGACGUGAUGAUGGUAGAGCAAUUACACUCGCCAAUGGAAAAGUUGUGAAUAAUAGUUGGGUUGUUACGUAUAAUCCUUGGCUUUUAAAGAAGUAUGAUUGUCAUAUUAAUGUGGAAAUUUGUUCCAGUGUGCAGUCUGUAAAGUGUUUGUACAAAUACGUGUGGAAAGGGGGUGAUCGUGUCUCAAUGGAAGUUUCAAGCGAGAAAGAGGAGGAAUAUGAGAUCAAGCAUUUUGUAGAUGCUCGAUGGGUUUGCCCGCAAGAAGCUCUAUGGCGGAUAUACCAGUAUCAAAUGAAUAAGAUUUAUCCUCCUGUCCUGUCAUUACAAAAAAACCAAGAAGAUGAGUUUGCAAGGACUCUCCUCUACAAGGAAUUUCCCGAGCACUACGUGUGGGAUAAGCCACUAAAGCAAUGGCAAAGACGGCGACGGAACAACAAAGUCACCGGUAGAGUUAAUGUUUUUUCUACCUGCAGUGAAAGUUAUCAUUUGAGACUUCUGUUGAAUAGUAUUAGAGGAUCAAAAUCUUUCGAGGACUUGCUAAAGGUGGGAGAUCAGACGUUUUCGACGUAUAAUGAAGUAGCACAACAUUUGUGUUUGUUAGAAAGUGAUACUCCAAUCCGUGAUACACUUCUCGAAGCCGUACAAGUAGAGAUGCCCUGCUCUUUAAGAAGACUCUUUUGCAUGUUGUUAGACUUAUGCAAUCCUACAGGGGUUCGUGAAUUGUGGGAUGAGUUUUUCCCAUACAUGAUUGAAGAUUACUGCCAAUCCAACACAGAAACAGGGGCAAUUAAUCUACUUUUACGGGAAAUAAGGUUUGUUCUCGGUGAAAAGUUAAUGGCCACAUAUAAACUCCCACCAAUCACUGAAGACAUAGGAACUUCAGGAGUAAACGAGUUGGUGUCCGAGGAAUUCAGAAUUCCGGUUUCUCCAGAAGAUUUAUCAUCUAUUGAUAUGCUAAACGCUGACCAGAAAUAUGCAUUUGAUAGGUAA